AUGUCAGAUAUGCAGAAGGGACUUGUGCCAACUAUACUUGAACUUCUACCGGACUCUUUUACUGUGUAUUCUGCAUCCAGACAAAUUGUUAAUGUAGUUGACGAGGAUCAUGACAAAAUGAUCACUCAACUUGAUGAAUUUCCACGUGUGAAGAAUUGUUUUGGAUCUGAUAUAGUCGAGUUUGUGAAAAAAGAACGUGAGCCGAAUCCCAAUACUGGUGAAUUUAUGAAUUUUUCUAGAGAAUUGGAAGGCAAAUGCAUAGAUUUACUUGCUAAUGUCAGAUCUAAGCCAUUGAGUCAGGAGCUAGUGAAUGAGCUUGCGCUUGGUUUGGUACAGAGCGACCACAAGUUUAUUUGGGUACUAAGAGAAGCAGAUAGAAAGAUAGAUAGCGAGAAAUGUGAAGGGCAAGACGGGAAGUUUAAAUUACCUAAAGGGUUUGAAGAAAAAAUGGAAGGAAAAGGAAUGGUGGUGAGAAAUUGGGUGCCCCAAUUGAAAAUCUUGGGACAUAAAUCUAUAGGCGGGUUCUUGAGUCACUAUGGAUGGAAUUCGUGUAAGGAGAGCGUUAGCACGGGAGUUCCUAUAGCAACUUGGCCGAUCCAUGUGGACCAACCUUAUAACGCUGUUUUUGUGACCAACGUGCUGAAAAUUGGAACUUCGGUUAGAAGUUGGGCUUGUAGGGAAGAAUUGGUGACAUCAAAGGCGGUUGAGAAAGCUGUCAACACAUUGAUGGGAACACCAGAAGCAGAGGCGGACCCAAGAUUCGACAGUUAA